AUGCCCAGGUAUGGAGAGCGAUUGUGCGAGGACAACGAGGCAAAUGACAACCACUCCGAAGAGCACACCGUCGCAGAGUUUAUGGAAUUCUGCGUGAACGGCCGCAACGAAAAAUCGGGCGAGUGGACAUCCAAGGGUGUCGGGAAGUACCUCGAGGGGGGCAAGGCAGCAGGCGGCCAGCUUGUUGACCAGCGCUUCUGCCCGCGCAUCGUGGAGGGCGAGCUCCGUUACAACCUCAUUGUGGAUGCCCUUGUCGGAAUCAUCCACAAGAAGCCCAAGGAAGGUGGCAUUUCUGCUGUCGGUGGAACCGGCUCAAUCUACACCUACUACGGGCCGGAAGAGGCGCUGUUCAAGAACUUGACCACAAACUUCCUGGACAAGGACUUGCCAAAGGUGAUGCCCGCACUGGACCUCCCCAAUGAGCCUGUGCCACUGUGGUGGACCACCGAUUUCAUCAAUUCCUCGCCGGAGGGCACGGCGCCGGAGGAGGAGAAAUGGAUCGUUGGGGAGUUCAACUGCUCUUGCGUGGGCAUCAGCCGAUGCUUGGCGGCGUACUGCAAGGACGACACACCAAAUGCGAGCUAUGACGACAUCACCGAGGAGGACAAGGCGGAGGCCGACAAGUAUGGAAAGCUGAUGGGCGAGAAGGCCCUGGCUAUCCUUUCCAAGUGA